CCAACGAAGCAGCAUCAAACAUGGCGGACGUCAGGAGAAAGAGGACCUUUUCAUCUUGUUCGACGAUUUCUUCCGAGGAUUACAACGAUGCCAGUGAACAGAUCGUCGAAGAUGUUACCCUAGAGUUCUUCUAUAAGCCGCGUUCAUUGACUCUGCUUGGUUGUCUCUUUUUAUAUCUGGUUUACUCCGCAUUUUCCAGGAACCCUGAAGCCACGCGUGAUGAGAAUAUAUACAGUGGUGUUGUAUCUCUUAUCGUUGUGUUCUUAGUCCUUGGUCUGCUUGUUAUGCCUAAUGGACCCUUCGUUAGACCUCAUCCUGCUAUAUGGAGAUUAGUAUUUGGUUGCAGUGUACUGUAUUUGAUGUUUCUGUCCUUUGCCUUGUUCCAAACAAGAGAAGACUUUAGGAAGAUUCUGUUCUUUUUUGACCCAGAAUUGGUGCAUGUUGGAGAAGACACACAAUUGUAUGCUGUCAAUUGCUCGGAUGUUUCACUGACCAGAAUAUGGGAGUGCUGCGACAUAUUUGCCUUUGCUCAUUUCUUUGGCUGGGCAUUGAAGGCAAUGUUGAUCAGACAUGCUGGGAUCUGCUGGAUGGCAAGUGUCACUUGGGAAGCAACUGAGGUGUUCUUUUCUCAUCUUCUUCCUAACUUCAAAGAGUGUUGGUGGGAUGCUCUGAUUCUUGACGUCUUGAUAUGUAACGGACUUGGCAUUCACUUUGGGAUGUACAUCUGCAAAAAACUAGAGAUGCGCAACUACCACUGGGAGAGCAUCAAGGAUAUUCAUACUACUACAGGGAAGAUUACUAGAGCUGUCAUGCAGUUCACUCCUGUUAGUUGGACCCAUGUAAGGUGGAUGGAUCCCAAGUGCUCUUACAUGCGCUACUUUGCAAUUUGCAUGAUGCUUAUGGUCUCACAGGUCAUAGAAUUGAAUACUUUCUUCCUCAAACACAUCCUGCUUAUACCUACCCGACAUUGGAUCAACUGGACAAGAAUCAUGAUCAUCAGUUUGAUUGUUGCACCAUCGAUCAGGCAGUAUUAUACCUAUGUUACAGACACUAGAAGUAAAAGAGUUGGAACACAAUGCUGGGUUUUUAUUGCUAUCAUGCUGAUGGAAAGCCUGAUCUGCAUCAAGUAUGGGUUAUCACUUUUCAAGAGGACUGAGCUCACACAAAUCACUUUGUGGCUUCUUUUCCAGGUUGUGUUUAGUAUGGGUAUCUUGUACUUCAUGGUGAUGACUAAGACAAAGUUUAAUUCAAGGCGUAAAAGCCUAGAAGAAUUCCCUGUGGAGGACCCGACAAGCAAAACCAUCCACUAUCUGCAAACCAAUGGAACCGUUGUUGACGAUGAGGACUUUGAUCUUCCCAAACAAACCAAUGGUUAUGUCAAUGGGCACRUAGAGCCAAAAGAGAAUGGAUAUGGACCAGAUUUAUUGCACCCCUCAAGUGCCGAACGUAAGGAAAAGAAAAGGGGAGGCAGCAGCUCACAUCGUGGGAUGCAGACACGCUUGAGAGCAAGAAAAUCUCAAGCAGGGGUUUAGUUUAUUUAUUAACAUUUUUUUUUUCUUUUGUGGAAAGGGAAAUCUCAAUAAUUUGUUUGAUUAUCACUAUCACCAAUGCAAUAUUGAGUUUAUCAUACUAGACAAUGAUAUGAAAUAAUAUUGUUUUAUUUCAUGUCCCACACUGUCUAUGCUAAUAUAGGUUUUAUUGGCUGUUGGGAUCAAUAUAUGCAAUAAAGUAAAAUGGUAAACUGUUAUUUAAGGUGUGUGUAAAUGGUUUGUAAGGUGUCAGUGUGUGGUUGGUAAGGUGUCAGUGUGUGGUUGGUAAGGUGUCAGUCAGUGGUUGGUAAGGUGUCAGUCAGUGGUUGGUAAGGUGUCAGUCAGUGGUUGGUGAGGUUUCAGUGUGUGGUUUGUAAGGUGUCAGUGUGUGGUUGAUGAGGUGUCAGUGUGUGGUUUGUGAGGUGUCAGUGUGUGGUUGGUGAGGUGUCAGUGUGUGGUUUGUAAGGUGUCAGUAAGUGGUUGGUAAGGUGUCAGUGUGUGGUUGAUGAGGUGUCAGGGUGGGGUUUGUAAGGUGUCAGUGAGUGGUUGGUAAGGUGUCAGUAAAUCAGAACAAUACACUUGACUCACUGGGAAGCCAUCAAGGUUUUGGUUGUUUCUUAUCAUUGUUUGACUAGGUUUUUAUGCUAAGACAAUUAGACUUUAACCCACGAAGGCUGUGAUGAAUAGCAAACUAGGACUGCAGGUUUUGGUCUUGUAAUAUUUAAGUAUGUUCUUUAACAAAAAAAAAAAAAAGAUUGACUACUGAUUCAACAUCACAUUGAUAUUGAUACCAGGACAUUUAAUGCAUGUACAUAGAGAUUUUCUAAGAAAAACAUCCCCCCCAGCCUUGUUUCCUGUAAAUGGUUAUCCUGUAUACCAGAGGCCAGAGCAGGAAGUGUGAAGAAGCUUUUUCUCAUUCCCCAUCCAGGUCUCUAAAACCCAGAGUUUGGUUAUACAGACAUUGUCAUUGCUGUGCUGUGGCAUUGCCAUGGGCCAAGAUGUUCAUACUCAUUUUGAAAAAUUGUUCUACCUGUGUAUAUGUAUAAAUAAACACCAACCAAGUAUGAAAAUAAUAUGGAUGUCGUGUCGUUGGUGUAAAGAUAUAAAGAUAAUAAAUGAAUGCUGAACAAUAUAUGRAAUUAUAUUAAAUUGGUGAAGUGCUCAAGGUUCAAAACAGUAUUCAAUAAUAAUUUAUAUAUUAUCUUUACUUUUUGUGUGUACAUAUGUUUAAAUACUAGUGUAUCUCCAUUAUACUUGUCAUCGCUAAUCACCAAUAAUUAUUAAAAUGUACAAUGAAAACAAUACAUCAACUUUGAGUAGUUGAGCCAAUCAAAAACCUAGACUGCACAAGAAUGGUAGUUUGACUCRGAUGUUAGGUGUAAACAACUAGAUAGUCAUCAUCAUUUCCUUGUGGGAAUAAAAAGAUGUGUUGAAGGGCUAUUGUUUUGUGCUGCUCUCUGAUUGGCUCCACUACCCAUAGUCAUAAUGUAUUGUUUUUAAUCUACGAUUUGAUUGGUUCUUGCUGUCCAAGUGGCCCCGGAUAAUAUAUUUUACCAGCAGUUAGCAUCAUGCUUGUGACUUUGUAGCAUCAUAGUCAUAAGCCAAAGUAAUGCCAAAAUGUACAAUUGUAUACAUACUGUUAAAAGUAAUAAAACAAAAGUCAAAUGAAAACAGAA